AUGACCUUUUGGCAGGCAGGCAGGCACAGCUAUCGCGAAAGAUCGGAACCACCGCGGCAGCAAGAAUGCAGCUGUCAUGUUUGCGGCUCGCAGGCGGCGCGGGAAGCGCGCGAAGAAACACCGGCCGCCGAGGAAACGGUCGAUCCAGAUGAACCCACGUACUGCCUGUGCGAUCAGAUUUCAUUCGGAGAAAUGAUCCUCUGUGAUAACGAUCUGUGCCCGAUCGAGUGGUUCCACUUCAGCUGCGUGUCGCUCAUAUCGAAACCGAAGGGCCGCUGGUUCUGUCCCAAGUGUCGCGGCGACCGGCCGAACGUGAUGAAACCGAAGGCGCAGUUCCUGAAGGAACUGGAACGGUACAAUAAGGAAAAGGAGGAGAAAACAUAGACCGCAGGUUGGAGUUCUUUGAGCGAGAGAUAGGCAGAAAGAGAGGGCAAGUGGCGAAGUGGACGCGUUGAAAUAGCAGAUAUUAAGGACGUAGGACUAAGUGGCCGCAAAUAGUUUUUGAAAUGUUUAACUGUUAUGUCCGGUACCAGCUCCACUGACUCUCCGUUUCUAUCACUCACGCGCCGUCCCCCGGUACGCGCCCCAUCAUCGUUCUCAGUUACAGAGGAGGAACUACGUUUUUUAUUGUUUGCUUUCUAGUUUUACUUAUUUUAUCAUACAACAAUGACACAUUUAAUUUUUGAAGGUAUCAUUAACACGCACAUCGAGGGAGUGUGUGCCCCCAAAACGCCCCAUCAGCCCCGUAGUACCCGCCGGCAUCCGUCUAUCCGUUUACACACAACUGUUCCGUUACGCAUUGGUAGCGAAAAGAUGACGAGAUACAAAUGAUUGAUUGAAAUGAAAACAACAACAUAUUAUAUUUAUGACAC